AUACUUAAAAAAUGAGUAUAUACAACAAAAGAAAACAACUUGUAAGAUACAGUAUUAAAAAUGAUUCAAUAGUUCGUGAAAUACUUUGAACUCAAAAAUAUAUUUUCAAAAUAUUUUUGAAAAGUGUGCGCAUUACUUUUGAUUGCGGAGUAUUUAGAAUCAAUCAGAACAGGCGUGCGCAAUAUGAACGAAACUAGUUAUCUAGUAAUGUUGCACCCAAUGAACAAAACGUAACAAGCGCUAUGAAUCUUGAAAUCCUGUAGCAAUGUAGGGUUCUAAUUUCGGCAACUUCAGAUAAAAUAAAUGCUGUCACAACGUACAAUGAAAGCAGUUACGCACUGUUUCGAAAUUGAAACGAAACAUGUGUGAACAUUAAGAAUUAUCCUUAAAGCUUGUUUUAUUUUUCUUAAUUAAAGGAAAAUACCCGAAGUGUUACACUUUCCCGGUGAUGUAAAACACCGUAAAAACGUUUACCGUGCUAUGACAUUUAUUAAUUAAUACUGUUUGUAUAACAGUAAUAAGAUAGUGCAGCCUGGAACAAUAGGAAAAAUACUUUUAGUGUCGAAGUAUUAUAAAUGGCCCUAUUAUUCACAAGCAUGUGGGACUCUACAAUGUUUUUAAGCACCUUAACCCCAAAAUUUUAUGUUGCCCUUACUGGAACAUCAUCUUUAAUUUCUGGAUUGAUUCUUAUUUUUGAAUGGUGGUAUUUUAGAAAAUACGGCACCUCCUUUAUCGAACAAGUAUCAUUAAAUCACAUUUCUCCAUGGAUCGGGGGAGGCGACAGUGGGUCAGAUGGGAAUAAUUCAAAUUUGAAUGGUUCCAAUUCGAAUCAACAAAAUGUUCCAGAGUGUAAAGUUUGGCGUAAUCCAAUAAAUUUAUUUAGAGGGGCUGAAUAUCAAAGAUUCUAUUGGGCUACAAAUAAAGAACCAUUAACGUAUUAUGAUAUGAAUUUAUCUGCUCAAGAUCAUCAAACAUUCUUUACCUGUGAAGGUGAUACAGGUAAAGCUGAAUAUGAAAUAAUGCAAACAGCUUGGAGAGAACGUAAUCCAGUAGUGCGAAUUAAAGCUGCGCAUAGUGCUCUUGAACGUAAUCCUGAUUGUGCUCCUGCAUACAUAUUACUAGCAGAGGAAGAGGCUACUACUAUUGUAGAGGCAGAAAAAAUUUUAAAGCAGGCUUUAAAAGUAGCAGAAAAUAAUUAUAGGAAGUCUCAGAGUACUCAACAUCAAGGAUCGAUCGCAGAAGCUAUACAUAGAAGAGAUACAAAUGUAUUAAUUUACAUUAAGCGAAGAUUAGCUAUGUGUGCAAGAAAAUUAGGAAAAUUAAAAGAAGCUGUAAAAAUGUUUAGGGAUUUAACGAAAGAAGUACCACCAAUUAUGAAUGUACUAAAUAUUCAUGAAAAUUUAAUUGAAGCUUUAUUAGAGAUGCAAGCAUAUGCAGAUGUACAGGCAGUAUUAGCAAAGUACGACGACAUAAGUUUACCAAAAUCAGCAACUAUUUGUUAUACAGCAGCACUGUUAAAAGCACGAGUAGUUGCUGAUAAAUUUUCGACGGAUAUUGCUAGCAAAAGGGGUUUAACAACUCCAGAAAUGAUAGCUGUUGAAGCUAUUCAUAGAGCUGUGGAAUUUAAUCCUCAUGUACCUAAAUAUUUAUUAGAAAUGAAACCUUUAAUUUUACCUCCUGAACACGUUCUAAAACGAGGCGAUUCAGAGGCAAUUGCUUAUGCAUUCUUCCAUCUUGCUCAUUGGAAACAAAUGGAGGGUGCUCUUAAUUUAUUACAUUGCACUUGGGAAGGUACAUUCAGAAUGUUACCUUAUCCUUUAGAAAGAGGACAUUUAUUUUAUCCAUAUCCAACUUGUACAGAAUGCGCAGAUCGCGAAUUGCUACCUUCGUUCCACGAUGUAAGCGUAUAUCCGAAAAAAGAAUUGCCCUUUUUUAUUUUAUUUACAGCCGGUCUAUGCUCCUUUACAGCACUCUUAGCACUUUUAACGCAUCAAUACCCUGACACUAUGGGUGUAGUUGCGCGAUCAAUGCUUGCCUGGUUUUCUCAUCCAUUUUAUUACAUUUUAGACAAGUUAGAAGCAAUAUUACCUUCUAAUUUAUUACAACAGCUCUCUAGAAUAUAAGACAUUUGUAUGAUCUCUGUAAUCAUGACUUAUUGUGAUAUUUAUGAUACUUAUGCUUUCAUUGUCAUAUACAUCAAUUAUAUAUUUACAUCCGUACUUCCCGAAUUUCUUAUGACUGAUAUCGUAAUACAUGUGUAUUUACAGAAUUAACUAUUUACUUAACGUUGUUAGUUAAAAACCUCAUAUAACGAUCAAUGUACAAUCAAUAAAAAUUUGAAUAUCUUUGAAUCCUGUUUUCUAUUUCUUCGCGUGUAGUCUGGAUUAAAAUUCUUAUCUAGGAUUUUUGGGUAUAUCAAUCAAUGUUAGACUUGAUUAAAUUUCAUAUUUAUUUAAUAAUUGAUAUUAUCAAUAGCUCAUAAUUGCUAGCGAAAGAACAAGGCAAAUCAGAGAUGUUAAUGUUUAAAAUUGUACAGAAGACUGAAAUUUGUCGUAUGAAAUUAAUGACAGAACACUUACAAUGGCGUGUAAAAAACGGUAAAAUUGCACUAAACGUUUAACAAAACAAAUUAGCACGAUGAUAUUACGUAAACAUACAAUAUUAAAAUGCAGUGUAUUGAGCGUUAUGCAAUAUCAAUUAUUCCAUGAUCUCUGAUCCGCCUUUCUAUCAUGAGACGGUUACGACAGAAGAAAGAGUUAAGACACUUGGAAGUCAGAGAGCCCAAAUUUCAUACGUGGGCUGGCUCACUGCGACUUUGAUUUUGCUUCAAACAUUCAUUCUCAAUUAAUCUUAACCGAUAAUUGAUAAAAUUUGUCACUUUAUAUACAAUACUCCUUUACUUUAUAAUUUACUUACUUAAAACAAACAUAUUAUUAACGCGGAAAUACUAUUAAAUAACUAUCCUCACACAACUAAGAUAUUUCGCAUUAUGACUAUUGAUGUAUGUAUGUAAUAAGAACAUGUAAAAACUUUCAAAUGUGAUCCUUAAAUCUUACUAUAUAGUUACUCUUAAUUAUUAUAAUUAAACGUAUUUAUAGUAAUAGUAAUCUAUAAAGUAGGAAAUAUUUUUGAGUAUUCGUCUUCUGCUAAUAUCUGAGCUUGCAUACACGCUUCUUUCACUCGAAGAUUUCAUGCGAACCUUAAAUACCAUGUAAUUCCUUCAUAUUAUCAUGGUGGGAUUAUUUAUUGCCGAAAAUUAACUAUGAAAGGAAUUCGACCAAAGUUUAUGCAAUAUAUUUAUGUACAAAUUAUAGAUUGUCCUUUUUUUUUU